CAUGCAGGAGAGUAAAAGAUCUGCCAAUGACCUGAGUGGGAGAACCGAUGGAAACACCAAAGUCAUUUUCCCCAAAGAGGAAGUUGCUGUUCAGUCUGCAGAAUCCAACAGAGCACCAAUCAGCGCUGGAGACUACGUGCUGGUGGAGAUUUUGUCGGCCAACUCCCAGAGCUUGAGAGGCCGAGCCCUCAGUCACAGCUCCCUGAGAGAGACGGUGAAGAACUACGAUGAACAUGUGUCCUCGAACACAACCAUGACCGAAACAGGCCCAUGAUGGACACGAGAAAAACCACUGGAAAGAUGGGGGAGCUAGUGCACCGCCAUCUUUUUUGGGAAGGCACACUGUGGCUGUUUUUCAAGGACUCUUGGUCACAUUGGACUGUUGUGAUGAGCUAUUAAAACUGCAAUAUGUUAUUUAAA